AUGUCAACAACAAUACCUACCUUUAAAUGCGUUCUUCUUGAUAUUGAAGGAACAACUACACCAAUUUCAUUUGUUCACGAACGGUUAUUUCCAUAUGUUACAAAUAAUUUGGAAAAUUUCUUGAAUGAAAAUUGGAAUUCACCAGAAUUACAACAAAAGGUUCAAUUAUUAAGGGAACAAGCAAUCAAAGAUGUAAAUAAUAAUUUACCUGAUGCGAUUCUAAUCCCGGAAUCAAAUGAAAUGGAUGAAAUUAAACAUUUCAUUAUACAAAAUAUUAAAUGGCAAAUGGAGAUUGAUCGAAAGAUAGGAUCUCUUAAAUCAUUUCAAGGAUUUAUGUGGGAAUCAGGUUUUGAAUUAGGGGAAUUAAAAGGAGAAAUAUUUGAAGAUGUAUUGGAAGCUUUUAAAAGGUGGAAAGGAGAGUUUGAAAUUCAAAUUUUUAUUUAUUCAUCUGGUAGUAUAAAUGCACAAAAGUUAAUAUUUAAGAAUUCGGAUAAAGGUGAUUUAUUAGGUUACAUUGAUGGUUAUUUUGAUACUUCCAUUGGUUCAAAACUUGAAAAAUCUAGUUAUGUAAAAAUCGCUAAAGAAAUUCAAAUCGAACCUAAUGAAAUUUUGUUUCUUAGUGAUAAUGUUAAGGAAAUUAUUGCCGCUAGAUCUGCUGGUUAUCAAACAGCUAUUAUUGAACGUGAAGGUAACGCUCCUUUAUCCGAUGAUGAUCGUAAAAAUAAUAUUAUUCUCUCGGAUUUUCUUCAAAUAUUUUCUCAUGCUUCUUUUCAAAAAUCUUCGUGA